CUCUUUAUACAUGUCCUCCACUUUGAAAAUCAUAUUUAAGCUUUCUUUCCUAUUGUUCAAAGCUAUUGUCUCAAAUUUAUGGACCAAAAUAUGGAAUGCAAUAGAGAAAAAUGAUUCACUAGAACCAACAACUCUCCUGUCAGUACUGUCAGUACUGUUUGAGACCACAUCUUAUCUAACCUGUUUUAAUGCUUCUAUUGAGCCGAGGGUCUCUCAGAAACAACCGUCCUACCUUGAUAGGAGUAAGGGACAGAUAAGACUCAUAACCAUCCUAUUUAUGGCUAGAGUUUCUCUACGUUUUCAAGGAGUUGGUUGUGAGCCCAAACCUGUAUAAUUUCUGGCAUUCCUGCCACAUAUGAGGUUCUAGUUGAGUUGUUGAGGUAGCUGUUUCAUAUUCCCAGCGGACACCAUUAAUCAUUUAUGUUUUAGUCUUGUUCUUGAGACAAAGACCUUAUGACUCUUUUUCUUUCUUAUUCUCUAUUUCUUUAGUGGAUUGUACACGUGACAACCA